GGGCCUCACAACAGGUGCUCGUUCUCGUGCUCGACACUUCACCACCCCUCGCCGUCCGUCGCCACUCCCCCAAUCGCCCGCUGCCGUCGACGCAAGAUCGCGCGCGAGACCUCGCUCCUGCGUUCUCGGCGAUGAAGCUCGUCCACCGCGACCUCGUCCGCAACGGCCCCGGCACCGUCAAGUUGUUGCCGGAGGAGGACGACGACAUGUGGCAUGCCUACAACCUCAUUGCUGCUGGUGACAAUCUCCAAGCCGUCACCGUUCGGAAAGUGCUGAGAGAGGGGGCAUCUGGAGGGCGUGAUGCCGAGCGUGUGAAGCUUAAGUUGGAAAUUGUAGUUGAGUCUGUAGAAUAUGACAAGGAGGGAUCUGUUUUACGUGCACGCGGAAAAAAUAUCUCUGAGAAUGAUCAUGUGAAGAUUGGCCAGUUCCACACGUUAGAGCUUGAGCUGAAGAGGCCUUUUGUUCUACGAAAGGAAACUUGGGAUUGGCUAGCACUUGAUACCAUCCAGCAAGCAUGUGAUCCUGCUGCAAGUGCUGAUCUAGCAGUUAUUCUUAUGCAAGAAGGACUUGCCCAUCUAUUCCUCAUCGGCAGAAGCAUAACAGCAACCAGGGCACGUAUUGAAACAUCAAUUCCUAGGAAGCACGGUCCUGCAAUUGCUGGUUACGAGUCGGCCCUCAAGAAGUUCUUUGAGAACAUUUUGCAAGCUUUGCUAAAGCAUAUUGAUUUUGAAGUAGUCCAAUGUGUUGUGAUUGCAAGCCCAGGUUUUACGAAGGAUCAGUUCCGUGAUUAUUUGUUUCUUGAAGCUGCACGGCGGGAUUUAAGAGUAAUAAUUGAGAACAAAGCACGUCUUGUUCUUGCACAUGCAACUUCAGGUUACAAGCAUAGUUUGAAGGAAGUUUUGGAUACCCCAAGUGUGAUGUCUCUGAUAAAAGACACAAAAGCAGCACAGGAGGUCCGAGCUCUGCAGGAGUUCUUCAACAUGCUUACUAAUGACUCAGCCCGUGCCUGUUAUGGGCCAAAGCAUGUUGAAAUUGCACAUGAUCGUCUUGCCAUCCAGACUCUUUUAAUAACUGAUACUUUGUUUCGGAAUGCUGACAUUGCUACCAGGAAAAAGUAUGUGAACUUGGUUGAAUCAGUCAAGAAAUACGGUGGCACAGUGCACAUAUUUUCUUCAAUGCAUGUCUCCGGCGAUCAGUUGACGCAGUUGACAGGAAUAGCAGCUAUACUUCGUUUUCCCCUGCCUGAUCUGGAGGACAUCGAGAUGUGACGACAGCAACCCCUCGCAGCUGUGUAAUAUUUUUUCGGUGUCAAUAUGUUAACAUAGAACCGAUACCAUUUGUAACCUUAUACAGCUGAUUUAAUAUAGGUUACUCUGGAAAGAAAUUGAGCCACUUUUAAGAUAUCCUAGUUGUAAAUGGUUUCUUGUGCCAUAUUUGUUGGUUCUUUUCUUAAUAAAGGCCCCUUGGUUCUCAGAA